UACCACGCCAUGGAGGAGCGCGCCAACCUCAUGAACAUGAUGAAGCUCAGUAUCAAAACCCUCAUCCAGUCGGCCCUGAGCCUAGGCCGGACCCUGGACUCUGACUUCCCUCCCUUGCAGCAGUUCUUCGUGGUGCUGGAGCACUGCCUCAAGCACGGGCUGAAAGUGAAGAAGACUUUUAUUGGACAGAACAAAUCCUUUUUUGGUCCUUUGGAGCUAGUGGAAAAACUUUGUCCUGAAGCAUCAGACAUAGCAACUAGUGUUAAAAAUCUCCCGGAGUUGAAGACUGCUGUGGGAAGAGGAAGGGCUUGGCUUUAUCUAGCACUCAUGCAAAAGAAACUGGCAGAUUAUCUCAAAGUGCUCUUGGACCAUAAGCAUCUAUUAAGUGAAUUUUAUGAACCUGAUGCGUUGAUGAUGGAGGAGGAAGGAGCAGUCAUUGUGGGUCUGCUAGUUGGACUGAAUGUUAUUGAUGCAAACCUUUGCUUGAAAGGAGAAGACUUGGACUCCCAGGUUGGAGUGAUUGAUUUUUCCUUGUACCUUAAGGAAACACAGGAUAGUGAUGGCAAACAAGAUGGAGGGAUUACAGCUGUCCUUGACCAAAAGCAUUAUGUGGAAGAACUUAACCGACAUCUAAGUUGCACAGUUGCAGAUCUUCAGAACAAAAUAGACUGUUUAGAGAAGACCAAUUCAAAACUCCAGGAAGAGCUUGCAGCAGCAACCGACCGAAUUGGAUCACUUCAGGAAGAGCAGCAGCAGUUAAAACAACAAAAUGAAUUAAUUCGUGAACGGAGUGAAAAAAGCGUAGAGGUAACAAAAGAGGAUACAAAAGUAGAAUUGGAUACUUACAAGCAGUCACGCCAGGGUCUUGAUGAAAUGUACAGUGAUGUUUGGAAGCAGUUGAAAGAAGAAAAAAAAAUUAGGCUGGAACUAGAGAAAGAGUUGGAGCUACAAAUUGGAAUGAAAACAGAAAUGGAAAUUGCCAUGAAACUUCUGGAAAAAGAUACUCAUGAAAAACAAGACACUUUAGUUGCACUUCGCCAACAGUUAGAAGAAGUGAAGGCUAUUAACUUGCAGAUGUUUCACAAAUCUCAGAAUGCAGAGUGUUCAUUACAACAGAAAACAGAAGCAAUAUCCUCUUUUGAAGGAAAAGCAAAUGAGAUGAUGUCCUCUAUGAAACAAAUGGAAGAGAGAUUGCAGCAUGCAGAAAAGGCAAGGCAGGCCGCGGAAGAAAGAUGCAACAAGAUGAAGCAAGAGCUUGCUGGCAGGCUUGACACUUGUCGGCAGCAGAUGUCCCAGCUGGAUAGCAAAUGCUCAACUCUGGAAAAGGAGUUAAAAUCUGAAAAGGAACAGAGACAAACUUUGCAAAGAGAACUACACCAAGAGAAGGACGCUACCACUCUGCUUAAAACAGAAUUGCAACAAAUGGAAGGACUGAAAAAGGAACUGAGAAAACUGCAAGAUGAGAAGCAGCAGUUAGAGAAAGUCUGUGAGGAGCAGGAGCAAGCACUUCAAGAAAUGGGGCUUCAUCUCAGCCAAUCAAAGUUGAAGAUGGAAGAUAUAAAAGAAGUAAAUAAAGCGCUAAAGGGUCAUACCUGGCUGAAGGAUGAUGAAGCAACACACUGCAAGCAAUGUGAAAAGGAAUUCUCUAUCUCAAGAAGGAAG